UCCAGGAACGUGUUACAAUCCCUGACCUCACUGUAAAGCCAGUGGACAGUGUUAAGGAGCUAGCACAGAACUGGAACCAGGGGAAGUGCUAUGAUGCAGGACACAUCUGCUGGGGAAACCCAGCGGGCAGCAAUUAACUUGCGGUCGGGGAGAGGAAGCUUCACAAAAGAGGCACCAUGAGGGUGAAGUUGGCCAGACAGAGAAAGGGUCAGGACAUUCCAGGCCGAGGCAAGGCCUGUGUACAGGCCUGGUGGCACGGAGAGCUGAGUGUGUUAGAGCAGAGAGAGCAAGGAGGAGAGCACAGCCUCUGACCUCACAAUACCCAGGGCCUGCUGGGCCAGCCUUGCAGACUCUGCACCCUCCUUCAGCCCGGGGAAGGCCUGGGGCCCUGGGCAGCCUCCAGGUGCAGUGCCCUCCCGUGGGCCGCACCCUUCCCACUGCCCCAGGGCAUGUCUCUACUCACCAAUUAUGAGGGGCUUCGGCAUCAGAUAGAGAGGCUGAUGCGGGAAAAUGGGGAACUGAAGAAGCUGGUGCGGCUCAUUCGGGAGAAUCACGAGCUCAAGUCAGCAAUCAAGACUCAGGCAGGCGGGCUCGGCAUCAGCGGGUUCAUGAGUGGGCUUGGUGAGGCAACAGCAGGUCUUCCCUCACGCCAGAAUAAUGCUCACCCGACAAUGUGCUUCCUGUCCUGGAAGAGACUGCAUUCCCUCCUGUCCAGGGUGGACCUCUCCACAGGUGCUCAGCCCACCCCUGCAGUGACCUGCCUCCAUCACAGGCCCUGUACCUUGCCCUCCUUACCUGGCCCUCUCCUCUGUCCACCAUCAGGUGUCUUCCUGCCCCCGUCCCCAGCAAUGGCAAACGAACCAGUCCUGGAAGAAGUGGGGAUCAUGGCCUUGGCCCCCCUGGCUGAGAUGCUAACCAGCUUGCAGCCCAGUGCCACGCCAGGCUCACUCAUGAGCCCCCUGACAGGCACCCUCACCAGGCUGCUGUCCGGCCCAGCACCCAUGUCACAGAGCAGCCCCCUCACCGGCUUCCUGACCAGCCCCAUGGCGGGGCCCCCAACGGGCACACUGGCCAGUUCCCUGGGCCUGCCCUCCACUGGCCCCCUGCCUCCCAGAAGCCCCCUGGCAGGCCCUGUGGCUGUGUCCCAGAGCAGCCCCCUGAUAGCCCCUGUGACGGGCACGGUGGCUGUCUCUCUGAGCAGCCCCCUCCUCAGCUCCACUGCCACCCCACUAGGGGUCUCUCAGAACCUGCUGGCCAGCCCCAUGAGCAACGUGGUCCUGCCAGAGGCCCCAAGGCUGCGGCUGGCUGAGCCACUCCGCGGAGGCCCCUCUGGGCCCCACUCCCCAGCUUGCAUGGUACCUGCUGCCACCACCAAAGUCCCACUCUCCACUGGGCCCCCCCGGUCGACCCAGGACCCAGAGCCUCUCAGCAUGGCGUUUGCAGGCGCACCCCUCCAGACCUCCACCCCUAUCGGAGCCAUGGGCACACCUGCUCCCGAGACGGCCUUCUCCUUCAACACUUCGGACACACAGGCCCAGCCCAGUGCCGCCCAGGAACAAGUGGUCCCUGCAUCUGUCCCCACCCCCCCCACCACCUCCCCCACAGUCACCGUCCUUGCCUCUGCCCCUGCCCUUGUCCCCCAGGUUGUCACCAGCUACACACCCUCAAGCACCACCCACAUCGCCCAGGGUGCCCCCCAUCCCCCUUCCCGAAUGCAUAAUUCCCCAACCUGGAACCUGCCUGCCCCCCACUGUCCUCCACACAACCCCCACUCCCCACCUCGUACCUCAUCCUCCCCGGCUUCAGUCAAUGACUCUCGGGGUCCACGCACCACAGAACCGUCGAGGAAGAGCAUGAUGGAGGUGGAACGGAAGCUGGCCCACCGCAAGACCAGCAAGUUCCCCGAGAGCCCCCGAGAGUCAAAGCAGCUGGCCUGGGAGAGGCUGGUGGGUGAGAUCGCCUUCCAGCUGGACCGCAGGAUCCUGUCCAGCAUCUUCCCAGAGCGUGUGCGGCUCUACGGCUUCACUGUCUCCAACAUCCCGGAGAAGAUCAUCCAGCUGUGUUUAUCUGUGGAUUGCAGGCCUGUGUGUAGCCUGAGCAGGAGCUACUGUGAGCUGCGUGGGUCCAGGUUGGAGCUUUGCCUCUGGUUAAAGCAUCCUUGGGCCUCUCUGAACCCCAGUGACCACAAGCUGGACAAGGAGCUGUGCCAGACGCUCACACAGCGCUAUGUGAGCAUCAUGAACAGGCUGCAGAGUCUGGGCUAUAAUGGGCGGGUGCACCCUGCGCUGACCGAGCAGCUGGUGAAUGCCUAUGGCAUCCUGCGAGAGCGCCCGGAGCUGGCGGCGUCCGAGGGCGGCUCCUACACUGUGGACUUCCUGCAGCGUGUGCUGGUGGAGACUGUGCACCCUAGCAUGCUCACCGACGCACUGCUGCUGCUCUCCUGCCUCAACCAGCUGGCGCACGAUGACGGCAAGCCCAUGUUCAUCUGGUGACGCUGGAGAUGGGAGGUCCAGGCUCGCUCAGCCCCACAGCCCUGUGCACGACCAUUAAAGCUUCCCACAGACACUGGUC